AUGGAUUGUAACUGUGUCUCUGAUCUACUGCUUACCCCUCCUCUGCCGACUCUCUGGACCCCAGGCUUUGCCUUCCCGGACUGGGCCUACAAGCCCGAGUCGAGUCCCGGAUCCCGGCAGAUCCAGCUCUGGCAUUUCAUCCUGGAGCUGCUUCAAAAGGAGGAGUACCACAACGUCAUCGCCUGGCAGGGCGACUACGGCGAGUUUGUCAUCAAGGACCCCGACGAGGUGGCCAAGCUCUGGGGCGUCCGCAAGUGCAAACCGCACAUGAACUACGACAAGCUGAGCCGGGCCCUCAGAUAUUACUACAACAAGAGAAUCCUCCAUAAGACCAAGGGCAAACGGUUCACCUACAAAUUCAACUUCAGUAAAGUGAUCCUUGUGAAUUACCCGUUGCUGGAAAUGGGGCACUCACAAUUCCUGCUCACCUCCAAUCCCUUCACCAACAGCCAGGGGCAGGAGUGCACACCCGUCACACCUGAGACGAUCCAGACUUUGUUAACUCCGCCCAGACUUACGGAGCCGGGGGGUCGGGAUCUGAGGAAUCCUGUGUACGAACGCCCCAUCCCCACGGCAGACACGGAGAAACUCCGGAUCGAGGCUGGCCUUGCCUUCUUCAGCUCAGGGCCUCCGUAUUACUCGAAGCCUCCGGGCAUGAUGGGAGCCUACGCCAGGAGCAGCCACCUCUCGGAGUACCCGUGGCCCCUGCCAUCGUACCCGUCACCCGCCUUCGGCCUGCCGGGCUCCAAGAUGUCCGCCCUGUACCCCCCUCACUACUACCCCGGCUCCCUGACCGGGGGCCUGGCCCACCUGCCCGCCCAGAUCUCCCUGCUGCCCCCCGCUGAGACUGGCGACCGGGCGCCAGCCCAGCACGGUCCGGCCUACUCCCGCCUGGGCCUCGGGCUGAAGGGGCAGCACCCCUCUUACCCGCCCGCCGCCGCCCAGGCCCUGCGGCCUGGCCCUUCGGCCUCUCCCCCAGGCCCAGGGCUGCCUCCAGGCAAGGAAGGGGCCUGCGAGAGAAGGGGGGGGGGGCCGCGACCGGCGGCGACGCCGGCGCCUCCUGGGUCAAAGCGGAGACCGACUCCGACCUGGAGGUGA